AGGCUCGUUGUAGUCUUGGCGGAGACCUUACCGAAGAUGGAGUACGAAGAGAUUCUACGGCAUCUUGGAGAUUUUGGUCCAUUUCAGCGACGAACAGCGUUGUUACUGGUCCUGGGAACCAUCCAGAAUGGGAUGCACGUUGCCGUCAUGACGUUCAUCGGUGCCAUACCCAACCACCACUGCCUGGUCGCAGAGACGGGUUUCUCGGCCUUCAACACGACCUGGCCCGAGGCGCUCAACCUCACCAUCCCGAUGGAAGAGGUGGACGGGACGUGGAGGCUCAGCAGCUGUAGGAGAUACAGCAGUGGUGCCAUCUCCAUGAACUUCAGUACAACAGGGUGCCCUGAGGACUGGCAACAAGGCAACUCGACCGCCGUUGACUGUAACCGCGAAUGGGGCCAAGUGAAUAGGAGUACCACCAGCUGUACUGAAGGGUGGGAAUACGACAGGAGCCAGUAUCACAGCAGCGUAGUCAUGCAGCACGACUUGGUGUGUGAGAGAGCCUGGCUACGAGAGUUGGCACAGUCCAUAUUCAUGGCGGGGGUGGCCACCGGAGGUUUUGUCUCCGGAGUCCUAUCUGAUAGGUAAGUCAGUUACGCUUUACCAUUCACAUGAUUGAGUCAUG